AUGGCUCCAAAUGUCCCAAGGAAGCCCCUUGUUGCAAUGGAGGCUGGACCAUUUUGUGUAAAUAUCGAAGAUCAUUUUCAGGAUGCAUCUAAGCUUGUGGCGAAAUCUAAAUGGGAUGGAAAUCCCAAUUCAGCAUACUGGACUAGCGACUUUGAACCAGACAAUGCAAAGAUUGAGAAUGGGCAUAUGGUGUUGUCGAUGAAUUUAGAUCAGAAUAAGCUACAGGAAGGUAAAAGACAAGGAUUUGGUGCAACUGUAUCCUCAACUAGAAUGAUGCUUUAUGGAAACGUAUCAGCAAGUAUCAAAAGCGGUUCCUCAUCCGUCGGCGUUGUAUCUUCCUUCAUUACAAAGAACGAGCAAGGCGAUGAAAUAGACUACGAGUGGACAGACAAAGUUAAUCAAGUUCAGACAAAUUAUUACUGGAAUGGCCAACUGGAUUAUACGCAUUCAACCACUGAAAAUUUUAAUAAUGACUUAGCCUCAGGCUAUCAUCUUUAUGAAAUUCAGUGGAUGCCAGAUGCCAUACAUUGGGUUGUAGAUGGUGUUGUUCGUAGAACUGUCACAAGAGAGUCAACUUUCAACGAAACAGAAAAGAAUUACCGGUUUCCUGCAAGACCAUCGUACAUCCAACUGUCCAUAUGGGAUGCAGCGCAAAUUGGGAGCUCAUGGACAGAUAGUUGGUCAGGAGGUCGAAUUGACUGGAAUGAUCCCAAUCGGAAAUUCACCAUGGAAUUUGAAUGGAUAAAAAUUAACUGCCUGGAUCCUGCCAAAGACACUGCCUGGCCACCAGCAGGUUACGAAACGCUUUCGACGAAUAACGAUACAGGGAGCAACGAUCAAGGCAAUGAUACAAACCCAGUACAAAAUUAUACAGGAUACUCAUCCAAGUCGUCAGUCAUCGUUCCAAUUGCUUUAGCCGGAGGAUUAUUUGGUGGAAUGGUCAUCAUUGGGUAUGCUUUAUCGGCACUUGCGCGCAGAAAGCGAGGAGCGAAAGUCGAUCCCGGUGCUGUAAAGCCAGAAAUGGAAAGGCAAAUGGUCGAAGCGGCAUAG